GAUAGCUGCUGGCGGUGCUUGGUCUUCAAUCAUGGUGGCUGCUGUGGCGUCCGGCUACUGGCUUUGGGUUACGCUGCUUCUCCCUGCGGCCGCGGUCUACGAAGACCAAGUGGGCAAGUUUGACUGGAGACAGCAGUAUGUUGGGAAGCUCAAGUUUGCCUCCUUGGAGUAUUCCCCUGGGUCCAAGAAAUUGGUUGUGGCCACAGAGAAGAACGUGAUUGCAGCGUUGAAUUCUCGCACUGGAGAGAUCUUGUGGCGCCAUGUUGACAAUGGCACAGCAGAAGGGGCUGUGGAUGCCAUGUUGCUCUAUGGACAAGAUGCAAUCACUGUAUCCAACGGAGGGCGAAUCAUGCGUUCUUGGGAGACUAACAUCGGGGGCCUGAACUGGGAGAUAACUCUGGACAGUGGCAGUUUCCAGGCACUUGGGCUGGUGGGCCUGCAGGAGUCAGUGAGGUACCUUGCAGUUCUGAAGAAGACGAUUCUCACCCUCUAUCACCUCUCCAGUGGGCACCUGAAGUGGGUGGAACAUCUUCCAGAGAGUGACAGCAUCCACUACCAGAUGGUGUAUUCCUACGGCUCCGGGAUGGUGUGGGCCCUUGGCAUCGUUCCCUUCAGCCAUGUGAACAUUGUCAAGUUUAAUGUGGAGGAUGGAGAGAUUGUUCAGCAGGUCAGGGUUUGGACUCCAUGGCUGCAGCGUCUCACUGGGUCCUGUGGUGUGGUCGAUGAUGCCGUCCUGGUGUGCCCUGACCCUAGCUCACAUUCCCUCCACACUUUGGCCCUGGAGACAGAGUGGGAACUGCGGCAGAUCCCGCUGCCGUCUCCUGACUUGGAAUUUGGAAGUGGAUUCCAGCCCCGAGUGCUGCCCACACAGCCUAGCCCAAUGGCUCCUUCUCGGUCCCAGUUCUUCCUACAGCUGUCCCCUGGCCACUACGCUCUGCUGAACUACUACAACGGUUCUGUGAUACUGCUCACAAACUUUCCCCAGGCCACUCUGGUGAGCUUCGCCACCACUGGAGAGAAGACGGUGGCUGCUGUCAUGACCUGUCGCACUGAACAGAAACCUGGGAGUGCUGGGGACAGGAAUACAGCGAGCUUUUCUGAGACAUCUAGGACACAGGAUUCUCUGGCUUGCUUCAACCAAACCUACACCAUUAACCUCUACUUAGUGGAGACAGGUCGGCGGCUGCUAGACACUGCAAUUUCUUUCAGCCUGGAGCAGAAGGGCACUCGUCCUGAGCGGUUGUACAUCCAGGUAUUCUUGAAGAAAGAUGAUUCAGUGGGCUACCGGGCCUUGGUGCAGACACAGGACCAUCUGCAGCUGUUCCUGCAGCAGCUAGCUGGGAAGGUGGUGUUGUGGAGCCGAGAGGAGUCCCUGGCAGAAGUGGUGUGCCUGGAGAUGGUGGACCUCCCCCUGACCGGGGCACAGGCUGAACUGGAAGGAGAAUUUGGCAAGAAGGCAGACGGCUUGCUGGGGAUGUUCCUGAAACGCCUGUCGUCUCAGCUCAUCCUGCUCCAGGCCUGGACUUCCCAUCUCUGGAAGAUGUUCUACGACGCUCGCAAGCCCCGAAGCCAGAUUAAGAAUGAGAUCAACAUUGACACAUUGGCCAGAGAUGAGUUCAACCUGCAGAAGAUGAUAGUGAUGGUAACAGCUUCAGGCAAGCUCUUUGGCAUCGAGAGCAGCUCUGGCACCAUUCUGUGGAAACAGUAUCUGCCCAAUGUCAAGCCGGACUCCUCCUUUAAGCUGUUGGUCCAGAGGACUACUGCUCAUUUUCCCCACCCGCCUCAGUGCACGCUGCUGGUGAAGGACAAGGAAACAGGAAUGAGCUCUCUGUUUGUCUUCAACCCCAUUUUUGGCAAGUGGAGCCAGGUGGCUCCCCCAGUGCUGAAGCGCCCCAUCUUGCAGUCCUUACUUCUCCCAGUCAUGGAUCAAGACUACGCGAAGGUGCUGCUGUUGGUGGACGAUGAAUACAAGGUCACAGCUUUUCCAGCUACUCGAAAUGUCUUGCGACAGCUGCAUGAACUUGCCCCCUCCAUCUUCUUCUACUUGGUGGAUGCAGAGCAGGGGCGGCUUAGUGGAUACCGGCUUCGGAAGGAUCUCACUACGGAACUGAGUUGGGAGCUCACCAUUCCCCCAGAAGUGCAGCGGGUCGUCAAGGUGAAGGGGAAGCGCAGCAGCGAGCACGUGCACUCCCAGGGCCGGGUGAUGGGGGAUCGAAGUGUGCUCUAUAAGAGUCUGAACCCCAACCUGUUGGCUGUGGUGACAGAGAGCACAGAUGUUCACCAUGAGCGCACCUUUAUUGGCAUCUUCCUCAUUGAUGGUGUCACUGGGCGCAUCAUCCACUCCUCCGUGCAGAAGAAGGCCAAGGGCCCUGUUCACCUCGUGCAUUCAGAGAACUGGGUGGUGUACCAGUAUUGGAACUCUAAGGCGCGGCGCAAUGAGCUAACUGCCCUGGAGCUCUACGAGGGCACGGAGCAGUAUAAUGCCACUGCCUUCAGCUCCCUAGACCGUCCCCAGCUGCCCCAAGUCCUCCAGCAGUCCUACAUCUUCCCCUCUUCAAUCAGUGCCAUGGAGGCUACCAUCACUGAGCGGGGCAUCACCAGCCGGCACUUGCUCAUUGGGCUGCCUUCUGGAGCAAUCCUUUCUCUUCCCAAGGCCUUGCUGGAUCCCCGGCGUCCUGAGAUCCCAACAGAACAAAGCAGAGAGGAGAACCUGAUCCCUUAUUCUCCGGAUGUCCAGAUCCACGCAGAGCGGUUCAUAAACUAUAACCAGACAGUCUCUCGGAUGCGAGGCAUCUACACUGCACCGUCAGGCCUGGAGUCCACUUGUCUGGUCGUGGCCUACGGUUUGGACAUUUACCAAACUCGAGUUUACCCAUCCAAGCAGUUCGAUGUCCUGAAGGAUGACUAUGACUAUGUACUAAUCAGCAGUGUCCUUUUUGCCCUGGUUUUUGCCACCAUGAUCACAAAGAGGCUGGCACAGGUGAAACUCCUCAAUCGAGCCUGGCGGUAAAACAUGAGCAUUCUGCCAGAGUGGAGAGCCUCGGGGAAGCAGUCAGUCCAGGAGCUAUGGCUGUGGAUUGGUGGAUCGGUGACGCUGGAUUAGGUUCUCAUCUCACUUGAGUCUGGUGGAAAAGGAUGACCUUCAUGUUGAGCUGCUGGGAUACAGUGACGCACAGACCUUGUGGGACAGACACCCACCUCAGCCAGGCUCUCCAUGCGUCUGAUCCACUGCUCUGUUUUCUUGAUCGGCCCAUCCACCUGGGGUUUUUUGCUUUUGUUUUUUCCUUUUAUGAGGCCUCUGGUUUUUCUCUUCGGAGGCUGUUUAAAUUGACUUUGGUUGGCCUUCUGUGUCUCCAGCCUUACUAGAAAUCCUCUGACAACUUCUCCCUCUUUUGCUUCCAAGCCUGAUGGGUCAGCUCAGCUCUGCCUUAAAGGGUCACUUGGCUGCUUGACCUUGACGGGGCCGAGCAAGCCAUUCUUAGCUUAAGUCAGGACUGAUCCCACCCAAUGGCUUCUCUCUGAUAUCACAGAACGUGAGGGAUCCGUAUGUUGAGUCAGAACUAAUUUUAACUAAACUUUUUGUUCCAUGCUGUCAUUUGUAUGGUUGGCCACUGUUUGUUUCAGCCUAUCAAUGCCAAGUACAGAACAGUCAUUUGGCUUCUCACACAUAGCCUGUGCUUUUCUCUUGAGCUAUAGCAAGGCUGAAGCCUUUUUUCAUUUUUUUUAAUUAAAUUUAAAUAUUUGUGGUUUUUUGAGACAAGGUUUCUCUGUGUAUCCCUGGGCUAUCUUGGAAUUUGCUCUGUAGACCAGUCUGGCCUUGAACUUACAAAGAUUUGCCUUCCUCUUCCUCCUGAGUGCUGGCAUUAAAGGUGUGUGCCACCAACCGCCCAGCCAGCACUAAAGCUUUAUUUAAAGCUAUUAAAUUAUCUGAGUCUUGAUGAGAUUUUGAGGUCCCAGCAUCUCAUUGCUCCUGCAGGCCCCAGACACCCUAUAGCCCUGUUAGGAAAAAAAGGGCCUUUAUUAAGGAAAAACCUUAUUUAUUGUUGAGGUGGAGGUUUGCCCUAUAGCUUAGGCUGGCCUCAAACUUGCAGUCCUCCUGCCUGUCUUCUCAGUGUUGGGAUUAUAGAUGUUUGCCAUCAUAUUGGUAGUGUGCAAAUUUUAAAUCUCAUUGGUAUAAUUUCCUGUGUGGCAUUAGGCAUAGAAUCCAGGGUCUCAUGCUAGGCUGGUUCUUUGCACUGAGUGCUCCAUAAGGUGAGCCAUGUGGGCUAUUAUUUUUCUUAAGUAGUUUUUAAAUCUUAUUAAGUUUUAAGGGGGGCCUCCAAGGAGGAUGCUGGGACAAACCCAGGGCACUCUACUUCUACUACUGAGUUAUAGCCCCAGUACCUUUUUACUUAUUUUUUGAGACACGGUCUUACUAUUUUGCCCUUGCUGGCCUGGAACUAGCUAUGUGUACUAGGGCUGGGCUUCUAUGUGGGAUGUGUGUGUACUACUGGCUGGCUGGGUUUCUGUGUGGGGUGUGUGUGCACUCCUGUCUGGAUUCGUGUGUGGGAUGCAUGUGCAUUCCUGAAUGGGCCUAUGUGGGGUGUGUGUAUACUCCUGUCUGGGCUUGUGUGGGGGGUGUGUGCACUCCUGUCUGGGUUGUGUGUGGGGUGUGUGUAUACUCCUGUCUGGGCUCUUGUGUGGGAUGUGUGUGCACUCUUGUCUGGGCUUGUGUGUGUAUGUGUGCACUCCUGUCUGGAUUCGUGUGGGGGGUGUAUAUGCACUCCUGUCUGGCUCGUGUGUGGGGUGUGUGUGCACUCCUGAAUGGUCAUGUGGGUGUGUGUGUGCACUCCUGAAUGGUCAUGUGGGGGGGGUGCACUCCUGUCUGGGCUCCUGUGUGGGGUGUGUGUGCACUUCUGUCUGGGUUCCUGUGUGGGGUGUGUGCACUCUUAUCUGGACUUGUGUGUGUGUAUGUGUGCACUCCUCUCUGGAUUCGUGUGUGGGGUGUAUAUGCACUCCUGUCUGGCUCGUGUGUGAAUGUGUGUACACUCCUGUCUGGGUUCCUGUGUGGGGUGUGUGCACUCCUGUCUGGGCUCCUGUGUGGGGUGUGUGCACUCCUGUCUGGGCUCCUGUGUGGGGUGUGUGCACUCUUGUCAGGGCUCCUGUGUACUACACAUGAAAGAAUCCUAAAUUUUCCCUGUUUGUGAACCUGGUACUGAUUGUUCUUUUUGAAGAAGGGAAGGCAAUGCAGUUGACCAUGCUCCCUGGAAUAAAGCAAUGAUCAGUGA